GUGCUGUAAUCCAAUCACAGCUAUCCCUUUUACUGUGCCUCUACGUCAAUCCAGCGUCCCUCGCAACCGGAUUUCAGCCCUGCUGGGCGCCCAACUGAGACAUGGCCGCGCUGGCAUUCAAAGCUCUGCACUACGGCGCAGACAAGAUUCCCGACAAAUUCUUUGAGAAACUUCCAGGUGGCAUCUUCACACCGGAACACGAGAAGAAGUCGAAAACGAAACCACACUCUCCCCGACAGAGCCGCCACAAGAGCGAACAUCGAGACAGCGACCGCGGGCGACGACGAUCUUACCGAGACCGCACACCUCCCACUGACUACUCCGACUACAGCGGCUACGACGACACAGACUACGAGAAGGAGUACCGCGAAAAGCAGCGACGCCGCCGAGCAAAGAGCUUGGGCAGACGCAUCAGCAGGAGUUUGAGCCGGGGCAGGCACAUGCAUCGCAGCAGAGAUCUGGACGGGGAGAUGGACCGGGCAGAGCGUGGGCCAGAGUUUCCUCCCCCUCCCACUUCUGAGUAUAGGCCCUACAACCCAGCAGACUAUGCUCCUGCCACAGCAGCGACAGGAGCUACUGUAGGCAACGACUACUACGACCCCUACGACCGUCGUGCUUCAUCGGCCAACCAUGGGUACCCGCCUCAGCCUCGCAGCGGACGUCCUUCGACGUCGUCUUCUGCAGCGCGGUACACACCCGCACCUGGAUACGCUUCAUCACCUGUAAAUGCUCCUAUGCCUCCACCGUCGGGAGGAUAUGCUCCCUACAGCCCGGCCAACUAUGCGCACCCAGGCGCAACAUCGUACCAAGCGCCGGGGAACACCUACCCAUCCCCACCCCCGUUCUACCGCCAGGCCUCGCACUCCCAGCCAAGCUUAGCCCAGUAUCCCUAUCCCGACAAUCAGGUCAGCGGCUACCUCGAAGCACCGAGCCGUCACGGCAGUACCUCAUCCUCGCACCAUCACCAUCGGCAUGGAGAUGGAAAGCAGCAUCGGGCAAGGUCUGCUGGUCAGCACGGUCGUAGUCGAAGUCGUGUCACUGAUCAGUUGCGGGAUAGGUUCGAAAAUCUUGAUAUUCAAGAGAAGAACUUGGCAGCUUCGGUUGGAGGUGCGUUGGCAGGAGGACUUGCAGGCAAAGCUGUUGGUCAUGGGACGCUAAGCACUCUUGUAGGGGCAGCCAUCGGCGGACUCGGCGGAAGAGAGCUUGAGAAGAGGCACGAGAAGUAAGUGGAGUUGAAGUAAGAUGUGAGAUAUGAGACCUUGUGGAGGUCGAGAGGGGGCGAAAUAGGACCGUAGAUUUGAUUGUUUUACUGAUCUAAUUCUUCUGUUUGCACAGGAAAAAAGCCGCACGCGAAAGUUCCCGAACCUCAAAUCAGUCGAAAACACGAGAGAGUCGAAGCGGUAGCCGACAACGCAGCAGUCGAAGGCAGGAGUACUCUAGGUCACCGUCUCCAGA